AUGUCAGAGUCGUCUAAGUCAAAGUCGUCGUCAAGUUCAAAUCCUUCGCCGACACUACAAUGCAAGGAUCUUCACGAAUAUUUGAAAAGUCGCUCGCCACAGUUCCUUGAAACAUUAUACAAUUAUCCCACAAUAUGCUUGGCGGUGUAUCGAGAGUUGCCUGAAUUAGCCCGACAUUUUGUGAUCCGCUUGCUGUUUGUAGAACAACCUGUCCCUCAAGCAGUGGUUGCUUCGUGGGUCACACAGACACAUGCCAAAGAGCAACAUAAAGCUUGUGAGGCUCUAUCGGAGCUGUCUGUGUGGCAGGAGGCUCCUAUUCCUGGAGGUCUGCCGGGAUGGAUGCUGUCACAGUCAUUUAAGAAGAAUCUGAAAGUUGCUCUGCUUGGAGGCGGUCGUCCGUGGAGCAUGUCAUCGUCUCUGGAGCCGGACGGCAAGGCUCGUGAUGUGUCGUUCUUGGAUGCGUAUGCUCUCGAACGCUGGGAGUGUGUGCUGCAUUACAUGGUGGGAUCAGCACAGACGGAGGGGAUCAGUGCUGAUGCUGUCAGAAUACUGCUGCACGCUGGACUUAUGAACAGAGAUGCAGAGGACGGCACAGCGGUCAUAACAAGAGCCGGAUUCCAAUUUCUAUUACUCAGUACAGCUAAACAGGUCUGGCUGUUUCUCCAACACUACCUGCACACGGCGGAAAAACGCAGUCUCAGCGCCGCGGAGUGCCUCGCCUUUUUGUACCAAUUAAGCUUCAGCACACUCGGAAAGGAUUACAGUACGGAGGGUAUGAGUAACAACAUGCUGGUGUUCCUUCAGCACUUGAGAGAGUUUGGACUCGUGUAUCAGAGAAAGCGUAAAGCGGGUCGUUUCUACCCGACGCGCCUGGCGCUGAACAUCACGUGCGUGAAGGACGGCGUGGCUCCUCUACAGACGGCCGCCAGCACCGGGUACAUCAUCGCGGAGACCAACUACCGCGUGUACGCGUACACUACUAGCGCGCUACAGGUGGCGCUGCUGGGGCUCUUCACGGAACUAGUGUACAGGUUCCCUAACGUGGUGGUGGGCGUGUUGACCCGCGAGUCCGUGCGCGCGGCUCUCCGCGGCGGCAUCUCCGCGCAGCAGAUCAUCACCUACCUGGAGCAGCACUCACACCCACAGAUGUUAAAGUCGGACCAGGGCGGCAUCAGAUCGUCUUCAUCUCUGCCACCGACCGUGCUCGACCAGAUCCGUCUGUGGGAGUCUGAGAGGAACCGCUUCACGUACACCGAGGGUGUGGUCUACAACCAGUUCCUGUCACAAGCUGAGUUCAACGUGCUGAGGGACUACGGCCGGUCGUCCGGCGCGCUGGUGUGGGCCGCGGACAGGACGAGGACUAUGGUGGUGGCCCGGGCCGCGCACGACGACGUCAAGAAAUACUGGAAGAGAUACUCUAAGGCUACCUAG